AUGUGGCAUCACGCGCGACACAACGGGGAGCCCGUGACGUUCCUCCUGCAGGACUCUGAGGGAGAGGCGGUGGAGGUGGCGGCCUACUUGGAUGCCCUCUGCCGCACUAUACGCGGGGAUGACGAUGUCAACGACGUGGCGAGGCAGGUCUAUCAACCGCUGAUCGUGUACAUCAGUCUGCUAGAGGACCCCGACGCCGAGCCCGCAAGUGUUGAGGACGAGAUGGAGGCGUUGCCGGAUGAGUGGUCGCCGUUUCAUCUGGCAAUGGUUGCCCAACACGCAGAUGCCGUUGAGGCGCUGCUGGUAUUCCAUCAGCAACACGCAACCACUGUGCUGGAAAACCUUUUGAGCGAAAGCAACAGCAGGACGCCUCUACCAGAGAGGGACACUGAUAGCGAGCCAGGUAUCACGAUGGAGGCUGGUGCCCCAGUGAAGAAUGCCGGGUACCAGCAGCAGCAGCAGCAGCAAAAAUUCAUGGAGUGCCAAGUGCGGCCAGAGCUGGGCGGCACCAUCGCCCUUAUUGAAGGUGGUGACGCAAACUUUGACGAGAAUGCACCGACAGCAAGUGGCCGCAUGUCGCCACCGGUAGGCGCGGAGGAUAUGCCAGACAGCAUUGAGUGCGUGACAGGGAUGCUGAAGUCCUUCCUGGAGUGCUUGCUGUACGAGAAGGCUAACCAGUGCACUGACGCUGGUAAUACGGAAGGCUGCCACCCCUCACCAGGCUUUGCGACGCGUAUUGUUGUUGCACAUUGCGACGCCCUGACAGAGUAUUAUACCCGAUUCCCCGGUCUGAUAUUGAAGUACGAUGUUUUAUAUGAAGUAUGCGGUGGUAAUCUUACCACCCUCUGCGAGAUCCUGAAAAUGUUUAGUGGGCUGCUGUUGCCUGUUGUUCACGGAAAGCGCAUGGUGACCCGCGCAGCUAGUUCGCAAGGUAGCUCGGUAAACACCACGCCGUGGGACACGCCGCACGCUGGCCCUCAUUCACGCGGCGGCCACACGCCGCAGCAGCAGCAGCUGCCGCACUCCUACUACCACCAUCACUACUUGACACAGGCGCCAUUUUUCUUGUCAUGUGCGGCGCAGGAGCACCAGAAACUUGCCUUCCUGGUGACGUGGACGAAUUAUCGUGAGGCAAUGUCACUGGAGCGGCAGCCACCCGGAUCGGCGCGGCAGAACCGUGAGGCGAACGUUCUAAGCGACUUCCGCGUGUCGCUGUUGAAUUUUAGAAAGACGGGCUACAUGACACCGCCGGCCUCGUUAUGGAGCGGACACCUCUUUGUCCUCUCCCGGCUCAUCUCGGGUGACUGCAUGCUCGAAAGGUUCAUCGACAUCGUUGAGGGAGACGAUCAUGCGCUGUGCUGUGCCAACAUGCCUGCCACAUUCAUUGCGGCGAUGGUCGCGGGGGCGGUGGUGUCGGCGUUUCCCAAGACAAGACUGCUGCGGCUGUUGACGCAGAAGGUGGAGACCCUGCUCGUGGAUGUCCCGGGUGUGUUCUCGCCGCUGCGUCAGUACGUGCUGUUGCAGCCGGCCAACGAUGCCGAGCGCUUCGAGGAGCUGUGGCUCGCCGAGACCCCACUCACGCCCGCGAAGAAAUUCAAGUCAAGGGUGGAGAUGUUAUUUUUCGCGAUCGUAGAGACAGUGCUGUUGGGCGCAGAGAAGCUGUGGGCCACGCCUGGUGCCUUUGCCAAUGAUGGCGAGUGUGCGAAGGUGCAGCACUUUCUGCAAGAGUGGCUCAACAUGUGGGGGAAGUUUUUUGUCAGCUUGCGUAGUAGCCGGCAGCUGACUGCGCAGCCGCGGCGGGCCGCGUCGCGCUCCCCUGAAGAAAUUGGUGCGACAGCAACGAGCACAACAACAGCAACAACCUCCACCACUCUCGUGGCGGAGGAGCACGAGAUUAACGCCCUGGAGCGUGUGUGCAAUGCCCUGCCGCUGCGCCUGCAGUACGGUGCACCACCGCUGCCUGCCGUCGGCGCGGUGCUGUACCCAGAGGCUGCAACUACUGAUGGAUGUGCCCAAGCAGAAGGCGGUCUUGCUCCCAAUGUGGAGGCCGACUUUGAGGCUGCUCAACUCGCAUUCUCGCUGUUUGCCGCCGAGACGAGCAACGACACAAAGCUCAAGUUCUACGGGCUCUACAAACAGGCAACUGUUGGAGACAUUAACGUGUCAAAGCCAUGGCUGAUGGACACUGUUGGCCGCGCCAAGUGGGAGGCGUGGAACCAACACAAGGGGAUGAGCUCCGAAGACGCAAAGAGGGAGUAUGUCUCCGAGUAUCGCCUGCUCCACGCCUCACGCACAGGGACCAAGUAG